GAAGUAAAAAAAAAGAUACACCUGUCAAAAUUUUGCAGCAGGGCACAUGCGAAGGCUGUUUACAAUUUUGCAACAUACUUGUGUUUGUCAUUAUUGUGUUAUUUUUGUAGCUUAAAGUUACAAUAUUCUUCUGUGUCUUACGAUGUCUUCCGCCGGCGCGGUGGUCGGUUCCCGCGUGUGGUCGUGAUUCUCGGUUUUAGUGCGUGACAGGUGCGAAUUUUGCGUAACGGAGUCGCGAUGGGCGCAAAGGCGAGCACCGCGAACGGGGGCCAGAGUCCGCGCACCAGGACAUUCUCCACGAGCUCCAGCUCCGAGGUGGUGUCCAGCGGCGCGGGGUUCAGCCUGCUGCGAGCGAUACCCGGGAUACAAGUGACGAACGACCGCCAGCGAGCCAGGUCACUGUCUUCCGUGCCAGACCUGCACGCGUCUCACGAAGCUAUCGCGAUCCCGCCUAACUCGCAGAGCUACGAGGCGUCGGCCGCUGCCAGCCCCGACACAGACUCGAGCUCUAACGAGGAGGCGGGCCCGGUGCCCGGCACCUCGCUCGCGCUGGGCCGGGUCUACGCCACGCACUCCCUGCCUUCACAUAUCUGGUCAAUAAACGGUAUAAAAUGUCCGGUGUGCAGCAAGUUUGUGUUGCCGGACGAUAUAGAGUGCCAUCUUGUCAUGUGUCUUACCAGGCCAAGACUCUCAUAUAACGAGGACGUGCUAAGCGACUCGAAGGGCGAGUGUGUCAUCUGUCUGGAGGAGCUCUCCGCCGGAGACACCAUCGCCCGCCUGCCCUGCCUUUGCAUCUACCACAAGGGAUGUAUAGAUCAAUGGUUUGAAGUAAACAGAUCGUGCCCGGAGCACCCCGGGGACUAGUAGUGCGGCGCGGCGCCGCCCGUGCCAUGUCGCGAGUGAUACUUUUAUACUGAACUGACUGUGCCCGAGGGCCUUGUAAAUAUAAACUUAUGCUAGUGAGAUGUUUUACCGUUUAAUGAUUAAACAAAAAUAAGAAAAAAAACAAAGACAAUUAUAGUAACGAAACGCUAUGGGAAAUUCUUGGUGGAGUAUUAAUAUAAAUAAUACUAUAAUUAUAAAUUUUACAACGUUACUGUUUAGUUGAAACGCGGAAAUGAUAGUUUGUUUUAUUUGAUAUGUAUAAUGUAAAUUAUAAUAUACUUGUAUUGUAUGUAUAGUGAACGUUUGUUUUGUUUCGCAGUAAGGUAUAUACAGCAAGGGUUAUGUUAGUGCUGGACUGUGAUUGUCGCGGUUUACAUAUCUGUUCAUUAAGCUUAUAUAUUAUAAUAUAUCAUUUGAUCUUUUUCAUCUUGAUAAUAAAGUUGAUUUGUUUCUAAA